GCAGCAUCUGAUUACAGAAACGCCAGCGGGCUCAGAGGGGAAAGACGCUCAAUAUCAGCAGGAGAAGCAACAUUUAAUUCCCCCUGUGACGAAAACAAACUUCUUUUACUCUUUUAUCUCCGUAGAAACCACAAAAUUUGACUUUUUUUCUUUUUUAAACCGGAGGGAAGAGGAAAACUCCGCAGUUUUGUCGCCGGAUGAGGAGGUUUGAGGCCGGCAUAAAUGGCUGAAGGGGGCCGACUGUCGACGGAGUAAAACCUGCAGGAUGUCGCAGUUUGUGGAGGUGUGAAUUGAGAAGCCAGGCGGCGUUUUUAGGCGAAUAUCGACGUUUUGCGGCUAAAUAAGAAGCGUUUGAGGUUGCUGGAGGAUUCAGUUUGGUUUGUUCCGCCAGCGCGGAGUUAAACAGGCUGCUGGAGAAACGGGCCGUCUUCAGUUUGGACAUCUGUCCAUUUGUAUUUUCGUCUCUGAUAAGUCUCGUGUGCCGCCGCCAUCAUUCCGUGCUGCAGGGCCGACCCCAACAUGUCUUCCAACGGAGACGUCAGCGACCUCGGCAACUCCGACAGCUUCUGGGAGCCGGGUAACUAUAAAAGGACGGUGAAGCGGAUCGACGACGGCCACCGGCUGUGCAACGAGCUCGUUAGCUGCUUCCAGGAGAGAGCCAAGAUCGAGAAGAGCUACGCUCUUCAGCUGAGCGACUGGUCCAAAAGGUGGAGGGGCAUCGUUGAAAAAGGCCCUCAGUACGGGACUCUGGAGAAAGCGUGGCACGCCUUCAUGCAGGCGGCCGACCGCCUCAGCGAGCUGCACAUGGAGCUGCGGGAGCGGCUAGCGGGCGAGGACGGCGAGAAGGUCCGCGACUGGCAGAAAGACGCUUUCCACAAGCAGAUGAUGGGAGGCUUCAGGGAGACGAAGGACGCAGACGACGGGUUCAGGAAAGCUCAGAAACCCUGGGUCCGCAAGCUGAAAGAGGUCGAGUCCAGUAAGAAAAGCUACCAUCAGGCCAGGAAGGAGGAGUGGACGGCCGUUUCCAGGGAAACGCACGCCAAGGCUGACCCGUCCAAAUCCCAGGAGGAAGUCCGCAAAUUCACGGUCCGGGCCGAGCGCUGCAACCAAGAGGCCGAGAAGGCAAAGGAGCGCUACGCAAAGGCCCUGGAGGAUCUGAACCGCUGCAACCCUCGCUACAUGGAGGACAUGGAGCAGGUGUUCGACCUCACGCAGGAGGCAGAACGGAAGAGGCUGCGCUUCUUCAAAGACGUCCUGCUGGAUAUCCACACGCACCUCGACCUGUCCACCAAAGACAGCUUUAAAAACCUGCACCAGGAUCUGGGUCAGACCAUCCGAGCUGCCAGCGAUGCUGAAGACCUGCGGUGGUGGAGGAACACCCACGGACCAGGGAUGAGCAUGAACUGGCCCCAGUUUGAGGAGUGGUCUCCAGAUUCAAGCCGCUCCAUCAGCAGGAAGGAGCGAGGAGGAAACUCGGAGGAGAACGUCGUCACCCUCACCAACAUCGUGUCGUCGGGUGGAGGAGACGCACCUCCCAGUCCCAUCACUAUGGAAAUGGGCAGGGUGAAGGAUUACUCAUCGGACUGGUCAGACGAGGAGAGUCCCAAGAAGGUGACGGUGAACGGCGUCAGGGAGGCGGAGGACAAAGAGGAGGAGGAGGAGCAGGCGGAGGGCGUGGCGGUGAGAGCGCUGUACGAUUACACGGGCCAGGAAGCGGACGAGCUCAGCUUUAAAGCAGGCGACGAGCUGAUGAAGCUUGGUGAGGAAGACGAGCAGGGCUGGUGUAAAGGAAGGCUGAGGAGCGGCCAGGUGGGCCUUUAUCCCGCCAACUACGUCCAGGUCAUCGCUUCCUGAUGGUCCCGCCCCCUCUGGUCAACUGAGCCAAUCAGAAAGCUGCACACCACACGCCAGGAACAAGUGGAGGCUUUCCGUCCUGACCCGAGGAAAAUGAGUCCUGCGGUUCAGAAAGUCUGUUUUUCUCAUUGGAAAGAGAACAGAACUACAAUAUCUGUUAGCAGAGUCCUUCAACGCUAGCAGGAAAACCACGAGUUUCUGAUCGGAUCAUUAAACCCGCAAAAGAGGAUAAUCAAUCAAUCAGCAAGAGACUCAUCAAAAACUGGAUUUUUCUUUUACGUUUAGUCGUAUUGGAUAAUUUCUACCAAUUUAGAAGAAAGGAUAAAUCAAGGGUACGGCUUGACGCUAAUUAGCUUAGCUUAAAAAAUUGCUAAGCCCUUCUGCUAACUGCAAAAUUGCAUGAGAAGCUUUAAUUAGAAAAUGUUCCCAUUUCCACACAUGCUCAACAUGCAUGUGUAUUUUUCUUUCCUGUUAGCCAAAGUUUUCUUUAAGCCAGCACCUAGUGGCCAUCGGCGGUACUGCAUGUUCAAGAUCUUUCUUUUAAAAGGAAAAAUGAGGAUUUUUAAAUUUAUGUGACAAGGUUAUCAGUCAGUAUUUUUGCUUACAAGAGGUUGUAGCCAGAACAAUUUGGAUUUAGAGAAUUGUGAUAAAACUUUAUGUAAAUAGAAAAAUAAAAUGUACCAUGCUACUAUGAUGAAGCAUUUGCUGGAAAUGUUACAUGUUUGUUAAAUACCUGAACUGUGCUCAGGUCCAGCUGUUAGCCUGACUUUCUUUUUAGCUUCCAAAAGUCUUAAAACAUGAAAAUUUCUGAUAUCAACAAAAUGUAAGAUAUUGAUUACUGGUAACUAGCUCACAUGAC